AUGGCUGCUGGAAAUUGUUCAAAGCUCAUUUUAUCCGAACUGGACCUCACAACACAAUUGACGAAGCUUGAGAAACGCACAGCGACCUUAGAGGCGGACCUCGGCGCCAUUUCCGAAGCGGCGAGUGAUCUCGCUGCCAUCGUCCGUAGAUAUGUGGACCGGGUGGAAACGGAGAGGCGGAGUUGGGAUUUUUUGGAGACAUUAUUUGAGCAGGGCUGUACAGCAAGAGAAAUACUGGACCACGUGAAAAUAUUCUUCAAUUUUCUGCUUGCCAAGAUGACGUCACAAGACGCUGACGUCACAGAUGUAAAAAUGUUAUGGCAUCUCAUGGACAGCGAGGGGGUAAACCAAGUAUACAAACGGGCACUAAAGUCAUUCGGGUUCAAUGAAAGCGAUGAACCACACGUCAGGGUUCUAUUGGCAGCAAUUUAUAAACUUCAGAUUGAUAUGGAAAAAGAAGUCAACACUAAUGAGUUUAAAUCCAGUGGUAUAGAAAACGAAAUAGAAGGUUACCUUACACUAAUGGAAACCAAGGUGAUAAUCAGCGAACAUAGACAAAGCAGUGACAUAACAGACAAACGCAUUCAGUCUGACGAUGAUAACGAGACAUCGAAAAGCGAAUUGUGUGGACAAAUGAAAGCUCCAGUUAAAGACAUUUCAAACAGUAAAAUGAGAGAAACAAACCCGGAACUACAUGCUGUAGUUAAGGGAUUGCGUGUCGAAGCAGGACUUAGAAAAGUAGCCAAACGUAUGGUUACCAUCGUUUCGCAUUCGUUACACGUUGGCGGAAAGAAAGAGUUGUCGGAACGUUCGAAUACAUCUCAACAGAAAUCAGACACAGCGUAA